AUGACAUUGGAUUUAGAUAAACUAAUAGCUGACGAAGAUAUAUCUUACGAAGAAUCAAUAUCUAAAGAUCCAACUAAUAUUUCAACCUGGAUAUCAUAUUAUAAUUUUAAAUCCAAUGCCACUUCCACCACCAGUCUAUAUAAUAAAUUAUUCAUUUUAUAUCGUAGUGUUAAAUCAAACCCUACAUCAAUUGAAUUAUGGCAAUUAUUAAUUGAUCUUGUGUUAUUGGAACAAUCACAAAUACAAUCAGAUACUAUUAUUGAAAUAUUUGAAACGGCAUUGAUUAAUCUACUGACAAACCAUGAAAUUUGGAUUCAAUUUUUCAAAUAUCUAUUAUUGACCAGUAGUGAUGGUGACGAUGGCGAGUAUCAUAUAAAUAAGGUGACGUAUAUAAGGAGAAUGUUUAAUAAUUGUUUGAAAAGCAUUCCGUUAGUCGAUCAUAUAUUGAUUUGGCCAUUAUAUUUACAAUUUGCCGACACAAUAGGUGGUAUUACUGCGGUUAAGAUAUAUUUAAAAUAUAAACAAUUUUUACCAUUGUCAAUAUUACAGGGGAAAGAGAAUGUUAAUAAACAAAGAAAUUAUGGGAUGAAUUUACAUGAAAUUAUAGAUAAGUUACGAAAAUUUGGUGAUGUUGAGAAUGUAAUGAAAUUCUAUUAUGAAAUUAUCACUAAUCCCAAUGAUUAUGCCAAAUUACCCCAACCAAUUGUUUAUUAUUUAUUCCAAUAUAUUGAUUUGUUAAUUAGAAUAAAGAAAUCAUUUGAUGAUGACUAUUUUGAAACUUUGUUGACAAAAUCAUUAUAUCAAUAUCCAGAUCAUUUAGGGAAAUUAUAUAUCAAGGCAACUAAAUAUUUCAAAUCUCGUGGGAACAUUGAAAAAACUCGUUACUAUUACAAUCAAGGGAUUAAAAAAUGUUGUACUAUCAAAGAUUUUACUAUGAUAUAUGAUUCAUAUUUACAAUUUGAAGAAAAUCAAGUGACAGAAAUAACAGAAAAAGUUGAUCCUGAAUCAGAUUUGGGAUCUUUAUAUUUAGAUGAUUUUGAAAAAUUGAUUGAUGAUCGGAAAAUUUUACUUAAUGAUAUGAAAUUACGACAAAAUAUCAAUGAUUUAGAUACUUGGUUUGAAAGAUUUGAAAUUAUUGAAACCCAAACUCCGGAUGAUUUAAAUUUAUUAAUUCAAACAUUAACACAAGCAUUAAAAUCAAUUAAUCCAUUGAAAGUGGUUACAACAAACAACUCCAAAUUAAGCGGGAUAUGGUUAAAAUAUGUUGACAUUUAUUCUAGUCGAGGAGAUUUUCAAACUGCCGAUUUAAUUUUUUCAAAAUCGGUAUUAUCACAAUAUAUUGAUCCUGAUGAAUUGGCAGAAUUAUAUAUCAAUUGGAGUGAAAUGAUUUUAGGAAGUGAUAAAUUCCCUGAAACCAAAGCUAUUGAAAUUCUUGAUGAUAUAUUAUAUCGAGAAUAUUCUGAUAUUAAUUACACCGACAAUAGUAAACCAGUACAACAAAGAAUCAUCAAAUCUAUUAAAUUAUGGAAUUUUUAUAUUGAUUUAUUAGAAUCAUUUAUUGAAUCUGAUAAUCAAUUGAAAGAAAUUGAAAAAGUUACUAAUGCUUAUCAACAUUUAAUAAAAUUGAAAAUUGCCACACCACGAAUCAUGAUAAAUUUCGCUCAAUUUUUAGAAUCUUGGAAUCAAUAUGAACAAUGUUUCAAUGUAUUACAUCAAGCAUUAAAGAUUUUCCAAAAUGAUAAUCAAAUUAAAUUUGAAAUUUGGAAUGUUUAUCUCAUUAAAGCCAUUAAACAUAUACAAUUAACCGAAAGAAUUCGUGAUUUAUUUGAACAAAGUAUAAAUGAAAUCGCCGCAUAUUUAGUAAAACCAAUAUUAUUAUUAUAUUAUCAAUAUGAAUUAGAUCAAGGAUAUACUUAUAAUGCCAUCAAGAUAUUAAUUAAAUCAUUAACUGAAAAAUUCACACCAGCACAAAAGGAUCAUAAAUUAUCAACAACAAAUCCACAACAAAGAAAAGAAAUCAAUUUACUGAAAUUUGAAAUAUAUAAAUUGAUAAUGAUUGAAUUAGGAGAAAUUCAAGAUAUUGAACAAUUUAAUAAAAUAGGGACAAUGGCCAUGAAUGAUGAAUAUUUAUCAAAUUAUCAAUUAUUCGAUUUAGGUAGUCGAUUUAUAAAAUUCGAAAUAUCAACAGUCACCGCCACCGCCGCCGCCACCACCAAUGGUAAUAUCACCACAACUAGUGAUAGUCAAUGGGGUAGGAUUAGAGAAUUAUUUAAAUUUUUAUGUCAAUCUACAUUAUUAGAUGAAAGUUGGAAAAUGUGGGAAUCAUUUGAAAUGGAAUAUGGUGAUGAAUUGAGUUUUAAAGAUAUGUUACGAUUUAAACGUAUAGUAUUGAAUUCAAUAGCUAAUGAUAAAGCCAUUAGAGAAUCAGCUAAUCCAAUGGGGUUCCUUAAAAGUAUGUCCAUAACUACCACCCCCAAUACCAAAACUGAAUCUGACGAGAAAAUUGCAAAUCCAGACAUAAUUGAUAUAGAUAUGUAA